CGGCGCCAUAUUAAAGAUUUGCUGCUGUUUUCUCCGUGUCGCUGUUGCCAUCUUUCUGUUGCCAGCUGGACUCGGUGAGACCAGAGAGUAGCAAGCAUACCUCCACCAUGGAAAUCGACACACUUCUGGGAGCCUUUAGAGAUUUUGAGAAGAAAGGAGAAAAGGAAACCUGUCCGAUUUUGGAUCAGUUUUUGUCUCAUGUUGCAAGAACAGGAGAAACUAUGAUUCAGUGGUCCCAGUUUAAAAGCUACUUUCUCUUCAAACUUGAGAAAGUGAUGGAUGAUUUUAACGCUUCAUGUCCAGAGCAACGAGGACCUGCCAAUCCAAACGUUGAGUACAUUCCUUUUGAGGAGAUGAAGCAGAGGAUUCUCAAAAUUGUCAAUGGAUACAACGGGAUCCCUUUUACUAUUCAGCGUCUUUGUGAGCUUCUUACUGAGCCAAAAAGAAACUACACAGGAACAGACAAGUUCCUCAGGGGCGUGGAGAAGAAUGUGAUGGUGGUCAGUUGCGUGUAUCCUACCUCAGAGAAAAAAGGUUGUGUAAACAGAAUGAAUGGGGUCAUGUUCCCUGGCAACACUUCAGCUUUUCCUGAUAGAAAUGUGAAUGGUCCAGGAACCCCCAGACCACUAAACAGACCAAAACUCUCCCUGUCCAGCAGCGUAGCUACCAACGGCCUUCCCGACAGCACAGAAAGCAAAGAACAAUCUCCUGACCAAUCAGAGAGAACAGCCAAUGAGUCUUCAGCAUCGGAAGCAGAAGUUUCACAUGGUGGUUCAGUAAAAAGUAAACACUGUGAGGAUGAGGACGUUACAAACGCUGAAACCCACGAAGCAAAGAGGCUCAAGUUUGACGACGAAAACUAUGAAGAUGAAAUGGAGAAGAGGCAGGAGGGAAAGGAGUCGCCAUGUUCGACGGCAACAGAGAGCUCGCCGGAUAUGCCGCAGUCCUCAUCAGAUGUCACUGCAGAAGUAAAGGAUAACAAACAGGAUGAAUUCAACGCUGAAGAUCAAGAACCCUCUAGCACACAGUCAGAGUCUCCUGAAAACGGGUUUGAUAGAUCCUCUUCCGAAGGUUCACCCAGCCCUUCCCACAACGAGGAGUCCGACCCACCAGAACAGGAGCAGCCGAAGAGGGAAGAGAGUGCCGAGGCGCAGCAAACAGAGGAGAGAAACGACCCCGUAAGCAGUAGCAGCAAUAAUAGCAGUGAAGAGGGAGCGUCCAGUCCAGAGACUGCGUCUGCGUGUCCCAGCAGUUCCACAGAGCUGUCAGCAGAGGGCAGUACCACUGCAGACAUCAGCUCGGAUAGCUCAGACACUGCAGAAGACGCCAUGGAACAAGAAUGAAGC